UCCUUCACUCAGUCAGUCCUUGACACUGUCAAAGCAAGCACGCGUGUGAGUCGACAAAAAACUUUCGAUAAUUCUUACGCUAAUUGAAAUAAUUCCGGACUUUAUCCCGAGUUUAUAAAAGUUGAAUAAAUAAUUUAACAAGAUGGCAGAGAGCAAUGGGAAUUCACAAAAUGGCAAGAUGGCGACGAUUGAGAAGCUGUUCCAGCCCGUUCAGGAGAAGCUGGACGAUACCGGGAACAAGGUGACGGUGGUUGGUGUCGGACAAGUCGGCAUGGCCGCUGUCUUCUCCAUGAUCACACAGGGUGUUACAAACAACAUCGCGAUGGUAGACGUGAUGGCUGACAAGCUGAAGGGAGAGCUGAUGGACCUGCAGCACGGCUCUGCCUUCAUGAGGAAUGUUAAGAUACAAGCCAGCACAGAUUAUUCGAUCUCGGCGGGGUCCAAGAUCUGCGUGGUGACGGCCGGUGUGAGGCAACGGGAAGGCGAGAGCCGCCUCGACCUGGUGCAGAGGAACACCGAUGUCCUCAAGAUUAUUAUACCUCAGCUCGUGAAGCACAGUCCUGACACUAUACUGAUAAUAGCGAGCAAUCCAGUGGACAUUUUGACGUACGUGUCGUGGAAGCUGAGCGGUCUGCCCAAGCACCGCGUCAUCGGCUCCGGAACGAACCUGGACUCGGCGCGGUUCCGCUACCUGCUGUCGGAGAAACUCGGCAUCGCCACCACCUCCUGCCACGGAUACAUUAUUGGGGAACACGGAGAUAGUAGCGUGCCCGUCUGGUCCGGCGUGAACAUAGCGGGCGUACGGCUCAGCGACUUGAACCAGAAGAUUGGCUCGGACAGUGACCCUGAGAACUGGAAGGAGACGCACACCAUGGUCGUCAAGAGCGCCUACGAGGUCAUCAAGCUGAAGGGCUACACCUCCUGGGCUAUCGGCCUCUCGCUCUCGCAGCUGGCAAGGGCUAUACUGUCCAACGCGAACAGUGUGCACGCUGUGUCUACUUACCUCAAGGGCGAACACGACAUUAACGACGAAGUAUUCCUCUCCCUCCCGUGCGUGCUCGGUCGUAGCGGAGUGUGUGACGUCAUCCGCCAGCCGCUGACCCAGACUGAACGCUCGCAGCUGCACCAGUCAGCCGACCUCAUGGCUAAAGUACAAGCCGGCAUUAAGUUCUGAGUAUUAUUUAAGAUAAGAUUGAUUUUCAAUGUCCAAAUAUUGUCUUCUUAUACUAAAGUGAUUGUAGUAACCGAAUAUAUUUUUUUUAAUUUAUUGUUCUUUAAACGACUGUACUCGUUUUCUAAAGUUCGUUUACGUUACGUUUAUGGUUCAGUGUUGCAAUACCAAAAAAUUGUAUUCUGAACUUUGCUACUGGCUAUUCCUGUAAUUGUUUAUUGCAUCAUUUGUAAUAAACUACUCACGAGUACAGAUGAUUUAGUGUUUAAGACAAUUGUGUCACAAAAAAACGAAAUAUCUGUUUCCUUUAACGAUAUCCAAUAUUUAAUUAGCAGUUUACCAGUGAAGACUUGGCAGUCAUCACGAAUCCAAAUCCUAUUUAACAUGGCAUCCAUAUUUUAUCUAGUCUUAAGAUGUAUAUCUCUUCUGAAUGUCUGUAUUUUAUUAAAAUUCUAAAUUAAAGAUAAUGUACAUAAGGUGUUCAAUUCGUCCGUUAAAAGUAAUGCCCCAGUGAUUUUUGAUACGAUUAAGAAAACAUUUUGUCAUUCCGAUUUUUUUGAUAUAAUAUAAAAAUUUAUUAACCGUCUCAAAUUAUACUGAUUUUUACAACAAAUUUUAUCAGAUUUAUUCUAACUAUAAAUCUUAUAUUUUUGUACUGAACCUAAAA